CUAAAAUUGUUGCAUAUCUGAAGCAUCCCUGGAGCCGUGAAAAGCUUCUCAUGGUUCGCUGUGCCGGGUGGGUAGAUUAACUCGAUACCUGUUCUGGAACUUGAAAGAGAGAAUACAGCAACAACCUACAUGAGUUACUGCAGUGAGUCAAGACUACGUCAACACCGCUGGUGCCUCCGCACCCGGCUCCGUCACCUGAGCGAACCGAGUCAGGAGCCCUAUGGUCGUCAUCCUCGACCCGUGCGAAAUCAUCCUCCCAAAGGGGAUGAGCCAGCGCAAACACAUUCACCGUGCGAGAACCACACCACCAGAGAAUCACUCCAGCCACCUACCGCAAAGGCCCGUCGAGAUGUGAAAGCAUCACGAAAAUCCACCCUCAAGGCUGAAACACAGGCGCGUGUUACUCUGGACGCGUCGGGCCUCCCUCCACCCAAUCACAGCGCCCCCUCCGUCGAGAUGUCAACCAAUCGCGAAAAUCCACUUAUAGGGCUGUUCCACUGCUAAAAGGUGUCUGGGACGUGUUGACAGGGGUGUGACGCGACGGGGGCCAAUCGCAGUGUCUGGUCUGGCGAGAUGUCAACUGAUCGCGAAAAUCCACCUUUAGGGCUGAGCUCCGCUGCGGACGUGUUGGCUGGGACGCGGUG